CAUGGGCGAAUGCGAAGACGGUUCGUUCUUCUGUGCCACUCCGGAAUAUGCAUCUGGGAGGGCUUCAAGUGCGACCGAGUCGCCAACUGUCUGGACUAUGACGACGAGCACUGGUUCUACGGAAGCACGUGCCUAAUGCCGAUGCUGGCGCUGGAGCUCGUCAUCUCUGGUACCGGCAUGCUUUUGGUGACCGUGCUGGCGUUUUGCGCACUCCUUCGGGACAUCAUAAAGGACUACAAGCUGGCAUCCGUGCACAUGGAACGGGACCCGUUGACGAAACGCGACUGUCAUGGAAGCGAAGCGACUCGAGGCGGCCCGAUUCGACACGCUAGCGAGUGACGAAGUAGCACUCGCCACCUCUGAGACGGCAUCGCCGAGAUCGAAAGGCGCGACGAGCUGUCGGCUCUUCUACGGCGGGUUCGCCCAGCAGCGCUCGGGCCAGCGUCGCCUUUCGCACCGGAAGCGGAAGCGCCGACAAGAGCCCGCGGGACGACACCGAGCUCGAAAAGCGAGCGCAGUCCAAGUACAAGCGCAGAUUCUCAGUCGUUUCGAUGCGAGCUCUGAACCGAAAGGCGCCUAUCGACGAUAGCAAAGAGAGCUGAGGAACUGGCAAAGAAACCCGUGUGUCUUUACAGGAAAGACGCCAUGAGUGAAAAUAUCUUGUGUGUGGAACGUCAAGCA